AUGCCACAGGACGAUUAUGACAACGUCUAUAAAAUCAUACUCCUGGGCGACGCCACAGUCGGCAAGAGCCAUCUGCUGAGCCACUAUAUCAGGGGAACACUCCCUAAGCAGGCAAAAGCUACUAUCGGGGUGGAGUUUGCAACAAGAACCGUACCUCUAGCCAGCGGAGGUACCGUGAAAGCACAGAUAUGGGAUACAGCAGGACAGGAGCGUUAUCGCAGCAUCACUAGCGCACACUACCGCCGUGCGGUUGGAGCGCUGCUGGUGUACGACAUUACCAAUCGACAGAGCUUCUACAAUUGCCACAAGUGGCUUGAUGAACUAAGACUAGCCGCAGAACCAGAUAUUGUAGUAGUAUUAGUCGGGAACAAAAUUGACCUUGCCAUACAAGACCCAGCAGUCAGGCAAGUACACAGAGACCAAGCAGCAAUGUUCGCAAACGAGUGGAACCUACACCUAUUCGAGGCAUCAGCGGUAUCCGGACAUAACGUUAAAGAUGUGUUCGAAUUCCUAUUACAGGAAAUACAUAACCUUAAGUCACGCGCAGAUGCAACACACGGAAAUGAGGAGGCAACAAUAAACACCGCAGAGUCAAGCAGAAUGGACUCCAUGCGUAGCUCAAGGAGAACCUCAAACGAAGCAAUUCUAGGAUGCCUGCAGCAAGACGGCUGCAGAGGAAACCCAUGCAUCUUCCAGUAG